UCAUGGCCAUUUACGUAAAGGUUUCACUGUACCGAGGGCGUGUUUAACACGUCACGGUAAUGGACCAAUAGACUGUCCGACACGCACAAAGUAGGCGUGGUUCAUCGGACACGAGAACUAAUUUAGCCGGCGAACACCGUGGCAUGAGGAAGAUGUUCUUCAUCGGUGACAAGACUUCGAGGUUUUCUCCAUAAAAACAGAAGAUAUCCUUUAAGAAAAAGGAUAUAUCUAAAGGCUUUUUUUUUCUUUCUUUGUUUAAAACGUCAAAAUUAGGUCAGAAACUCAAAGUACAUAGAAGUAUUAUAGCUACAGUCUUUUACAGUACCCUAGACAUAUAGGUCGUUUUAUUUAUUUAUUUCUUAGUUUGUUUGUUUGUUUAUUUAUUUGAUAACGACACAAAAAUACCCAAGGACCAACGAGAAGUUCACAAGUUUGUACUCGCCACGAUGGAAAGGGAGAAGAAAGUGACCUUCCAGCUGUUGCUGGCUGUGGGAACAGCUGUGAUUGGCUCUCUUCAGUUUGGUUACAAUACCGGUGUCAUCAAUGCACCUCAGAAGAUCAUCGAGAGCUUCUACAACGAGACAUGGUUUGACCGAUAUGGUGAGACCAUACCUGAAGCAGCCCUCACAUCACUGUGGUCUGUCUCAGUGGCCAUCUUCUCGGUAGGGGGGAUGAUUGGCUCCUUCUCUGUUGGUCUCUUUGUCAAUCGCUUUGGCAGGAGGAACUCAAUGCUCAUGGUUAAUGUGCUCGCCUAUAUCUCAGCAGCACUGAUGGGCUUCUCUAAAUUGGCAGCUUCCUGGGAGAUGUUGAUCAUUGGCCGUUUCAUGGUGGGGCUUUACUCUGGCCUCUCCACUGGGUUUGUACCCAUGUAUGUGGGUGAAGUCUCACCCACUAACCUCCGUGGGGCCUUGGGAACUCUGCAUCAGCUGGGGAUUGUUAUAGGAAUCCUGAUAGCACAGGUGUUUGGUCUGGAUGUGAUCAUGGGCAACGCCAAGAUGUGGCCGUUCCUGCUGAGCUUUACCUUCAUCCCAGCACUGCUGCAGUGUUUCCUGUUACCCUUGUGCCCAGAGAGUCCUCGCUAUCUCCUCCUCAACUGCAACGAAGAGAGCAAAGCCAGAUCAGUGUUGAAAAAGCUGCGUGGAACGUCAGAUGUGAGUUCAGACAUGCAGGAGAUGAAGGAGGAAAGCAGGCAAAUGAUGAGGGAGAAGAAAGUGUCCAUCCUAGAGCUGUUGACCUCUCGAAUUUACCGACAGCCUUUAAUCAUUGCAGUCGUACUGCAGCUGUCACAGCAACUGUCUGGCAUCAACGCUGUCUUCUACUUUUCCACAAGCAUCUUUGAGACAGCUGGUGUAGCACAACCUGUGUAUGCCACUAUCGGAGCGGGAGUCGUCAACACGGCGUUCACUGUGGUGUCGGUGUUUUUAGUGGAGAGAGCUGGCCGCAGGUCACUACACCUAACUGGACUGAUGGGUAUGGCUUUGUCUGCAGUCCUGAUGACAGUUGCCCAAGCACUGAAGGUACAGGUCCCGUGGAUGUCAUACAUGAGCAUUGUUGCUAUUUUUGCCUUUGUGGCAUUCUUUGAAAUUGGACCAGGCCCCAUCCCUUGGUUCAUCGUAGCUGAGCUGUUCGGUCAAGGCCCUCGGCCUUCUGCUAUCGCUGUGGCUGGUUUCUGCAACUGGACAGCCAACUUCAUAGUGGGAAUGUGCUUCCAGUAUGUGGCGAGCCUCUGUGGUCCAUAUGUCUUCAUCAUCUUUACGGUCCUGUUAUUGAUUUUCUUCAUAUUCACAUACUUUAAAGUUCCGGAGACAAAAGGCCGGACAUUUGACGAGAUUUCUGCAGGUUUCUCUCAGCAAACUGCUGCAGGCAUAGAAAAGCCACCUGAAGAGAUGAGCAGCCUGGGGGCAGAUUCUGAGCUCUGAGUUCGACUUCCUUCUUUUCCUCACACUCCUUGACACAACUAUUGAGAGAAGAAAAUGAAGACUGGAAAACACAUUUCUCUCUCAGCUGAAUACCAGACUGUUCAAUGCCUAUUCAUUCUUUUUCAUGUGUGUGUACAUAGGUGGUGAAAUAUAUAUUUAAAUAUUUCCUACAUUUUUUUAUAUGUACAAGAGAAAAUGUUUUACCUUUUUAAUCUUUAUAUCUGUUACCUUGUCUCUUUUACAGGAAAAAAAAAUAUUUUUAUAAUAAUCAUUCCUCCACCAGCAAACUCGUAUCAAGGCCUAAAAAACCUGGCCUUAAACACUUUUAUUCAACAUACUGAAUUCCAUGUAACUAUAUUUUUCUUUUAUUCACUUCACGGAGCUUUAGGAUUGGGCCUUUUUUAAUGUGAAAUCAAUAAAUGGAUGCAGAAUUGGCUUUUGAGAGGAACGAAUAGGGAAAAAAGAUUAAUUGUGGCUUUUUGUGGUCCUAAUGGAAUCUCGAUUUACAGACCUGUCAUUUCUGUAAAAUCAAAUACAUAUUUUAUUUAUUUUAGAGGUCCUUUUACUGUGCAGCUUGUCCCAAAAAACACUUGGCCCAUAGGUGUGUGUGUGUGUGUGUGUGUGUGUAUGUGUGUGUGUGUGUGUGUGUGUGUGUGUGUGUGUGCACGCGCAUGCCCCUCAAUUGUUGAACAAUAAAUUCUUUAGUCCUAUGUAUUUUAAAAUGAUGAAUGUAUUUACAUUUUGACGUGUUCUUUAAAUCUUCCUAAAAAAUUGAGUUGCACUGACUUUAAAGAACAUUUUUAAAUUACCAAGUUGUAAACAUGGCAGUAUAUCAUGAAUACUGUAGCGCAGUACAAGAGAAUGCACAAAUGAACUGUAAUAACUUAGACUGUGUCAUUGGUGAUUUGUUUCUAUAUGGUUAAAUUAGGCAAUAUUAAGGCAGUACAGGCAAGUACUGUAUCACCAAGGAACCACAUUUUAAAAGCAACUAGCAUGUUGACAGUUUUAGAAUUCCUAUUUUACAGAUCAAGUUUUCCUUAAGUGCUUUUCAUCAGUCACGUCUGCUCUGAUCUUAUUCACAUCUAACAUUGUGAGUUUUUGUGUGUGUUUGUUUGCUAUAAACUAAAAAAACAUUCUGAUGAUGAAAGAUGUGAUAUAUUGAUGUUUUCCACACUUCUAAUGUCUAGCAAUGCUCACAUUCAUAACAUUUUAAAUAUGGAAAAUCUAACUUGUAGUUUGAAUAAUAAAUGGUUUAUGUAUCAGGGUGCAGGGUACAGUUUAAGGGAUUUAAGGCUGAUUUGCAAACGCAUUCCAGAAUGUGUGUGUGUGUGUGUGCAUAGUUGUGUGUGUGCAUAGUUGUGUGUGUGUGUGUGUGUGUGUGUCUUUUUGCUUAAUGUCAACAUGUCAGGGAUUGGCUCAAAGGAUGGACUUGACGAAUUUUGUGUAAUUUUCACUGUGGAUUUGUAGACUCCUUGUCCCUGAAUGAAUCCAAAUGGACACAGGGUGAACUUUCCAUUGCCUUAACACAGAAAGCAGCCAUGACAUUAUGAGUAAAGAAAAAAAAAAGAAAACUGUAAAUACAUAAAACAAUAUUUCUGUAUUUUCAAAGCCUAAUAGGUUUGUAUUUUUUGUACAACUUUUUUCCCAGAUAUUAUUUACUAGAUUAUGUUGCAAUACUGGAAAUAUAGUUUAAAAUGUUACCUUGUAUAGUUGCUGGUAAAUAGUAUUGUAUUUAUUAGAUGCCUAAUUUAUUUAGUUUUUGGACUUUAGUAUGUUGUUUAUUAUCAAUAAAAGAAAAUCUUUCACUUCUUU